UCGAGUACCUAGUCUGAGAUCUAGCGAUGCGUCGCCCGCCCUUCCACGUCCAGCUCCUCGCGUACUGUACCCGGUCGCCCGGUGCUCCCUCGUAUCCCGGCGUGGACCUUGCCCAGCGUGCAACGACAGGCGGCACCCCAGCUCUGCGAAUGACUUCGUAUGCGGCUCAUGUCCGGCAAUCCUACAACUGUGCGCUCAGCGCGCUCGAGCUCCUCGAGCGCGUAGGCACGCUGUAUGCGCGUACGUUCUCUGUGCGUAGUACGUACCCGGCAGUCGCCUCCCGGCGCUGGAUCACCUUGCGUCCGCGCAUUUAGGCUGGUCAGCAUCCCCGAGGGAACCCCUCCCCGUUCGUCGGCUACCUUACGUCUUCAUCCGUCACCCGCCUGUUCCUCUAUCGGUAUCGCGUACAUGGCGCGGCGGUUCAUCGUGAUUGCUUUUCCCGGUCUACAGUUGCUCUGUUUCUACACCAUCACUUCCCAGUCAGCGCAGCGGGAUCUGGACGAUGUACAGAGGAGCUCCCGCGACCCCGAACCAGAGGCUAUCAACAUUAUAUGGCUCUCGGGCCCUGCCUACCACGACUAUCACUCGUCAGCUCGUCUCCCUGAGCACCUGCGCCGGGGCCUUCUCAACGUCUUGGUCGCGUAUACGCGUUUAAGCAUGCUCGUCCUCGGUGCGGUUCAGCUCCCUUCGUUUGCGCCCCUCCAGUCGUUCCUCUGCGCAUUCCCAAAUCUCAGACGCGUCAAUGAUCUUGACUGGGCAGUACACCUGCUGGAACCCCGUCUCGUCGCUUGGGAAAUGCCAUGAAGGUGGCCAGCGCUGUGUCACUCCCGCACGUACUACCCUCAGCAUUCGUCACGGAUCGCCUCGAUCAUCUUUGGCAGGACUGUUGCGC